GACUGAUAACACCUCGCUCUAAUCACUCUCUCUCUCUCUCACCUGCCGGCAGUCUCUGCAGCGCCGCGGGCUGUGCGGGAGUGUGACUGUGUUACCUGUUGUCUAGUGUCUACAUCGUCAGCGCUUGUCCUUCUAGAAAACAAAUAGCUCAUAAUUCGACGAACUAUGUUAUAAAAGUGUGAAUAAUCUACGGAGAUAAAAGUGACGAAGGUCAUAACUUCAUGUCACAGUGAUGUGUGUAACAGUGACAUUGUUGUAACGCCAUGAACUAUUUCCUCCUCUGCGCUGCCACCAUACUCUCGGUCGUGGUGGUGGGAGUGGCGAGCGCCAAGAUCGGUGGUUGGGACACAGCGCCCAACACACAGUACCACAUCCAGACGGACGAAGGGCCCGAGCGGUACUUCAAGUACCAGACCAUCAGCGGGCAGUACCGCAAGGAGAAGCGCCUGGAGGAUGGAACGGUGGUAGGCACUUACGGCUGGGUCGACCCCAACGGCUACCUCAGACUCAGAGACUAUAUCGCUGACGGCAAGGGGUACCGAAUAGUCCGCACCAAGAAGGUCCUGGUGGGUGCUGACACUCCUAUAUCCAACGCUGUAUCCGCCGCCAAGAAAGUUCCUAGCCAGGGUGGAGUUGGUGUCCAGAACGCAAAGAUAUACGAGAAACCCAAACCGUCGUACGUGUCUUCAACGUACCGGCCUGAACUGGCCUCUAACGCUCUGGACUACUCUUCGUCCACGGUGGCUCCUAUUUCCCUCAGCGACUUCUUGAAGCAGAGCAAGGAGGCCGAGAGCUAUCCAUCCUCCACUGUUGCCCCGACGGUUAGUCCCUACGUCAACAAUGGUCCGGAGGUCUACAUCACCCCCAACUCUUAUUAUCCCUCCGCUCCCUCCUACAAUCCCACCAACACCCCAACUCCUUCUCCUUAUUACGAGUACACAACUCCCGCCCCUACCUCCACUCCCGUGAGAGCACAGACCUUCCGGCCGUACUUUGACCCCAACUCCGUAUCGUCUCAGAAUUACUACUCACCCAGCGCUUCCAGGCGGGUGUACGAUGCCGUGGGCGCUCAGAGCUACUCCUCCGGCCAGGAACAACAGUUUCCGCUCUACGACGGCGUCUCCAUGACCCAUAACGGCUUCCGGUACUACCUUCCCAGGCAUUACCACGAAGAAGAAAAUCUCCCAGGCGAUAAGAGGGCCGGCAGCUUCGGCUACAUCGAUCCCUUCGGCAUUCGCAGAGUCAUCUACUAUAACGCGUCACCUGGCUCAGGCUUUGUCCACAGGAAGAACAACCGAUACGUCGGAUUCGAAUCGACUCCUUACGAUCCUAGGUUUUAAGACAUCCACCGAGUUUUAUUUUUUUGUGCAGCCAUAGGUAUGACAUAAGUAAUGUGCUAUGAUCCUUAACAAAAUAAGGACAUAAAACUUUAUCUGUGAUUAGAGGUUUUCAGUGUUGUCUAUUUAUCUGGAAAAAUCUUGCAGAUCAAAAAUUGUUGAGUUUUAAGUCUUGAUUAGCAUCAUAAUAUGCAAGCGUUAUAAGCAAUUAAUUGUAAGAUGAUCAAAUCAUUUACGUUAAAGAUUGUGAGAUUUAUAAUCUAACCAAGAAAAUCGAAAUCAACAUACCAUAUCGAUUGAUAUCGAUUAAAGUGUCAUAAAUUAUAAAAACAAACUGUGAUCCGUAUUACAGUAUGUUUAUACUUUCUGUAAAUACGCUCUCUUCAUUAAUUAGGACGACGAAUAAUGUCGAACACUCUAUUUAAGUCUACUAAUAAUUUAUUUAGCUUUAGCUAUGAUGUUAUAACUACAGAGUUAAUAUUUUAAGGUUAAGUUAAUAACUGUCGUAUAAGUGCUUAUAAGGAAUUUAAUUUAUCGAUUAUGUAACUUGGGUGUUAUUUUAUAUAACUCUACGUUCAUAAAGUAAAGUGGUUUUAAAGUACUUAAUAAAUACCAAGUUUAAAUAUGCUAUGGAUUCGCUUCAGCAAUAAUAGGAAUAAAAUACUACACGGAAACCUUCGGAAACCUCUUUUAGGAAAUCAGCCUCCAUUGUAACGGAGAGGCGGUUGGCCAUCGUCGAAUCACCCAUCGCCCACCCCUGGCCAUGGGACAUUCCACAUGUGAGAGCCGCCCGUUGGUCACUGAGACGCUGGCCUAGAUGUCACAACCAUAUAGAGCACAAUAGCCGACUACCUCCAGAUCCUGGAUUAUGUCUUAUCUGAUUAUGCUUCCAUACUCCACAGUUACAUGCCCAUAUUGUGAUAUUUCGUUUCCUAUCAAUUCAGCCAAGUCAUUUUAGUAAAGUGAGUGUGAGCUCUAUAACUUAUCAGAAUGCCAUCGAUAUUGAUGAGGAAAUCACCAACCACAUGCAGGAGAUGAAGAUUUUUUUUCUAAUUUAACUGACUUUAUUAAUAAAAAAAAGUGUGUUUUGGUUUUCACGAGGAAACUAAAUAAUAAUGUAUACUCCAACUUAUCCUGUGAGGGUUGAAAUUAAUAUCUUCCUCCACUACCGUGACACUUUGUACUACACUUUGCGACAUAUGUUUCGUAAAAUCCUUUAGUUUAUUCCCGACCUUUGCGGUAACUGCCCCAGCGUCUCUGCCGAAGGACUGGGCAGUUCUGUGAGUGUAGGCUACUCUAGUACGAGUGACGCCCAUGCAGAGUGAGAGGGUGUUGUGACGAGGUCGCUGGCCACCCGGUCUGAAUAAUGUCCUCACCUCGUGUCAGGCUACACUUUUGUACCAUUAUUGCAGGAGUGUUAUAUACUCCUUAUUCGUAGUAUGCGUUGCAGUCUGCUUUGGAACUAGCGGCAAAGAUGUUGUUUUUAUCAAUUUGUAAUGGUCUGCCUUUAAAUUGCUGAACCAUUACGCAUUCUUACAAACCAUAGAGAUUCUGUCAGGAAAAACCACUCAAGCUGAUCCACGUAUAUUUAUAACUUUGUAGCAUUCUUUGUUCACAAACUGAAAGUAGUAUUUUAUCAUCAUGGUUCAUUAUUUGCAUUUUCGUACAACUUACUUGCUUUAUGUUCACGUAGAGAUAUGUUCUGGAUGUUGACAAUCAAUGUUCAUUCAUUUAAAAAAAGCCACGGUGAAAAUUCUGGUAUUGUAAAUAUUUGCUGUUAUCGACAUACUACUAUCGGUUAGUCAAUUCAAAAUGUGCCAAACUGAUCUAUGAUCGGAAUGACCUAUGGUUUCAACGUCCUUUCUCUUGAUGCAAUACUUUUAUUUAGGGAUAGUAUUAAGUGUGAUCUAGAUUUAAGAAUAGAUAAUUAAAUCUCUUAUGUAAUUACAAUAUACUUUAUUGAAGAAAUUCACUCAUUAAAAUCAUUGUAAUA